UUGCGGCUGUCUGGCUCAUCAGAUUUCCCUCUCCCCCUCGCCCCGAUUCAAAAAUUUCGUCGCCCACUCUCUUCCCCACCCCGCUGCCGAUCCAUCUCCAUGCCCAAACCCUAGCCCCCGCACCCCUCCUCCGCCCCCGGCCACCUCCGCCACCGCUCCGGCAGCCGGCCAUGGAGAACCUCUUCAUGCAGGUCUUCGAGCGCCGGGACUGGGUCACCGGGCAGAUGCGCCAGCAGGUCGAUUCCCACGCCGAGUCCCUCGCCUGCGCCUUCCUCGCCGCCGGCCACCGCCCCCCGCCGUGGCUCCUCCCCUCCUGCGCCGCCGGUCCGCAAGAGCUAAAUGGUAAACCAAUUGUUCCGGGGUUACUUUUCGCUGGAAGCCAGAUUACUACACCAGCAACCAACAGAACUGUCUUUCAGCCACCAGCUGUGCCUAGUAUUUCACUCAGAAAUGUGGUGGUUCCAGAUGGAUAUGCUGGUCUAGACACUAUUUGUGACACCAUGGAUACUAACCAACAUGAAGUGCCUCAGCAAAAACAGGUUUCAGUUGACCAGGAGAUUGUUGAGGCUAAUUCUGAUGUCAACAUGUUCUCUGUGGUAAAGCGUUCCAGGUCAAGGCAGCGGCAUAUUGAAGAUCGCUCGCGUGAGAAGGGUCAAGCUACAAAUAGUGGAACCAGUGAUGUUAUGCAAGACAGGAUGCAGAGGUCUGAACUUGCAACUGCAGGUUCGAACAAAACAACUGCAUCAUUAUCCUCCAAACCAUGUGGUGAUGGUGAAAACAAUGCUGGAACAAUGGCCUCUUUGCCAGGUCAGGAGAAAGGUUUUUAUGCCAACCAGGAUAGAUCAACUGAAUUCGUCAAGUGCAGUAAAGAUGGUGAUCUUGGAAAUCAAGGAGUUCAGUUAGAUUGUUCUCAAAACCAGAUUGUCAGUUAUGAUAAUAAUGUCAAGGUUUCUGUUAGAAGUUCUUUUGAAGUGCAAGUUACAAGCAGUGUGUGCCAUGCACUCCCUGAAACUUAUCUGUCGGUUGAGCCGAAAAAACUUCAAUUUGAUGGUGUUGAAUCAGUUUGCAUGAAUUCUGCAAGUGAACAGACGAUGCAGCAACCAGUAUGUGCUCUGGAAGGUGCCAAUCUUGAUCUUGCUGAGGCGCAUCCCUUAAACGAAGACCCAUCUUCUACCAGCUAUUCUCAAGUUCCUCGUUCUAUGGGCAGAUUAUUGCUUGAUGGUGUGGAAUCAGGAUAUUUGAACCCUGACAGUGCACCAGUGAAGCAGCAGCAGAAAAGUGCUUUGGAAUGUGCCAUUCUUGAUCUUACUGGCGUGCAUUUCGGAAAGGAGGACCAAUCUCCGACCACUUUACUUGAAGUACCUAAUCCUACCGGCAUACUAUUGGUUGAAAGGGAUACACUGCACACUGCAGAAGAUACUGAAAGACUAACGAGACCUGACAGUUCUUCACAUCGGAUCAUCACUCGGAGUUCUGUGUCUUCCGAACAACAGUUCUCUGAUUCCCAUGUUUCACAUCCUCCAUACAGUGAUACUUUGCAGUCACCUACCCCACUAGCUGAUACUAGUUUUGGGGUUCCUGCAUCAUCACAAAUAUUGCCGGACAGUCUGUUAGAGGAGGCCGACAGCGAGGACCUCUCACAUUCACCUGUAAAUGAUGUGGAUAAAGAAUGCUCCCACUUGGAGUCCGCUGAAUGUCCAGAGCAGGUUCAAUCUCAGACUAUAGAAGAUACUGAAAGAAUGACGAGACCUGACAGUUCUUCAGAUCGGAUCAUCACUCGGAGUUCUGUGUCUUUCGAACAACAGUGCUCUGAUUCUCAUGUUUCACAUCCUCCAUACAGUGAAACUCUGCAGUCACCUACCCAACUAGCUGAUACUAGUUUUGGGGUUCAUGCGUCAUCACAAAUAUUGCUGGGCAGUCUGUUAGAGAAGGCCGAUAGUGAGGACCUCUCACAUUUACCUGUAAAUGAUGUGGAUAACCACGGCUCCCAAUUGGAGUCUGCUGAAUGCCCUGAGCAGCUUCAACCUCAGACUAGUCCUUUGGGUGACGCUUAUAAAACAAGCCUCUCUCCUUAUGAAAUACAAAGUAAUGACACACAUUCCAAUGGUUGUGCUGUUGUAAAUGUCUCUGUAUCUGAAGAAAAUCACUUAUCUCAGGAGCAACAUUUGUUGGCCAGAACAUCUUUAGAAUUCAAGGAGACCGAUGUGGAGACUCCCUUUGGCCAUGCUUCCCCAGUCACACAAAACGAGACACUCAAUGUGAAGGCAGCAUAUGAUGGGGUCAACUGCCGUUCAGGAAAGUUGGAUGAUGUUCAGGUAAAAUUGUCAGCUUUGACCAAAGCAUGCAACAUUUCUGUCAGCAACAAAAAAGACGAGUGUGCAGUGCCAGAAGUUAUGAGCAGUGCUUCAGCUAGGAGAACCGGCGAAAUGCACUCAACUGAAAGGAACAGUAUGACUUCGGCCGAAGAUCUGCAACAAAAUGGAACAGAACAAAAGACCUCUUUUCUUGAGAAUGCUGUUAAAGAAAAUGUUAAUUCAUGUACAGCAGAAAACGAUAAACGGAAAUUUUCACAACCUUCUGUUCAGUACCUCUUACGUAGUGCAGCAUCACAUGAGAAAAUUAAUCUGCUCAAGUCAGACAGAAGCAGUGCUGCUUGUGACCAGAAGAGGUCUGUUCAAGAUGGAGUUAAAGGAAAUGAUAGUUUGUCAUCUAAAAGGAGAAGAAUAAGGCGCCGAUCAGACUUUGACCUUUCCAGGACAUCUUGCACAAAUUCAUUGUCUCUGAACCACCAAGUUGACAUUGCUGGUCCUAUGUUGACUGCGACAAAUUUCUCGGAGAAAUCCCAUCCUUCGAGUCCUUACUUCUCAAGGAGUUCAGGAUCCUGCAAGAGCAUGUCUCUGGCAUCAGAGGGGGGAAAUGCUGCAAGUGAUGUUUAUGGAAAUGGGAAUUCUUCACGGGGAAGAAGAAACGCAACUAGCCUAUUAAAUGUUGUCCUUGAUAACUCUCCUACUGCAAGCACCAGCAGGAGAGCAUUGGAGGGAAGGAUCUUCAAAACUUCUCAAGAACAGAAACAAAAUAAGUUGGAAGUUGACUUUCUGACAGCGACUGCUGCUUUGCCUUAUUGCUCUGGCAUCCUAUCUCAUAACGAGGAAAACUGCACACAACAGGAAGGUACUUGCUUAGAAGGUCAAGACCUAAAUGUCACUGCUGCAAGUGUGGCAGACCAGGAAAUGGCUCUUGAGACGGAUAACUUAUCAUCUCCAAUUGCAAUAUUAAAUCAAGAAAAUUAUUCUGGAACGGAACCAUUUACUCAAUUCCCAAGUUAUGCUUUAGAUCAACAUGGUGAACAAGCAUCUGCUCCGAAUGCACUGUUUCAUGGGAAAUUAUGUUAUGGAUCCAAUGUUAAACGUGGUAGGAUAUAUAAAAGUUAUGAUCCAAAGGGACAUUUGCUGCCUGGUGCUGCUAUUUCAAUGCCAGUAUUCGAGAGAUUUGAUGUUCCUGGCCAAUUUGACAGCCCAAUUAUCGGAAAAAGGUCAUUUGAGUCCCUUCACGAUUCUUGCCAAUUAGGCACCAUCAGCUCAGGUCCUCCAAACAAGUAUAAUACCAACACAGCGAGUAGUUUGCAUCAGCUAUUGACAACUAUGUCACCAAGAAAAAGUCGCAGCGUUAUGGGCUCUUUUGGAUAUGGAUCGGAACUUGAUUCGUUUUUCAUUUCUGAUGACGUAGCCUCGUGCUCUUCAAAUGCUAGCAGCAGACAAGAGAUUAAUGAAACUCCGUUGACUCCGUCAGUUGAAAAAUAUAGCCUCCAGAAAAUUUCAUCAAGAUGUGGAUCUGGUUCAGAACAUAUGGGUUCUAUUCCUGAACUUAAAAUCUUCCGAAUUGAUGAAGAUAACAGUAUUCUGGAAGAAGAUGAGUACCAAGACAUGGCUCCUGGAUCUGUGGAUGUGAAUUACUCAUGCCAGCGGUCCUCUGAGAGAACAGCACUUCAGGAUAUUACCGGAUUAUGUCAAAACAAUGGAAAUUCUCCAUCUCUUUCGAUGAGAUGCAUGGAUAAAGGUAACAGCAUAGGCUUGAGUGCAGAAUCUGUCAGUCGUGAGCUCACUCAUCAUUCAAAUAUAAAAAAUGAUAGCAUUAAGCGAAAAUACAAUCACCCUACUUCAGUUAAGAGAGAAGGGAAAGCAUCCCGUUCUCUUCAUGGCAGAUUAGGUACGACAGAAAUAAUCAGUAGCACAAAUGGAAGACACAGGAGUGAAGCAAAUGUUGACAAACAAGGCACGGCAGAACUAAAGAGCAGAAAUGGAAGACACAGGAGUGAAGCCAAUGUUGAUAGACAAUCUAAGCCUAGCAAUAUUGUUUCCAAUGUGACAUCUUUUGUACCUCUUGUAAAACAAAAGUUGCAAUCUACAACAGUGUGCGUUAAAAAAGAUGUUAAGGUGAAGGCUCUUAAGGCAGCUGAAGCUGCAAAACGUCUUGAAGAGAAGAAACAAAAAGAGCAAGAAAAACGCAAAGCGGCUGCAAAAGCAGAGCGUGAAAGACUGAAGCAAGAGAAGGAAUUAAAACAAAAACUUGAAGAGGAGCAAAAGAAAAAACGAGAAGUUGAUGCGGCCGCUAAGAAGCGGCAGAGGGAAGAAGGAGAAAAGCGGGAAACAAUGAAAAAAAGAAAAUGCAUGGAUGAAGCUCGAAAGCAACAGAAGCAGCCUAUGGAUAAACAACGAGGCAUGAAGGAUGAGAAAGAUGCUCGUCAAAAAGCUUCUGAUAAUAUGGAGCCAAGGAAGAAUUUGGUUGAUGUAGGCAAAAGCCAAGUUAAAUCUGACGAGGCUACUGAACAUGCCCUUCGAUACAAGGCCAAUGAAAGUAAGGAUGAGAAAGGUGUUGCAGUAGAUGACAGGAAUGCAAGUUUUGGAUCUGAUGCUAAGGAAAAUAUCCUGAACAGUCUUGAGGAGUCCUACACAAUGACUCCGUAUAAAGAUUCUGAUGAUGAGGAUGAUGAUGAUUAUGACGAACAUGAACAAGAAGCAAGGCGCAGAAGGAAAUUUGUUCCUUCUUGGGCUCGAAAAGAAAACUUGGAUAAUAUCUUACUAUCCAAUAAAACAUUAGACCCUAGAGAAAUAUUUGCACGGAAGCUGUCCUUCAACAUACCUGAAGUCCUUUCGGCGCCUGUUCCUCAGCGCGGCUUAAGAUAGCCUUCGAUUCUAUUUGAUGAAGUAGUGGUAAUAUUGUCAUUGCCGUUGUUCCUCUGGCCUCCAUUUCGCCAUUGGCAGUCAGUGAUGUGUAUAAGCUGACCAGCAAUCUCUUUUGUAACCUGUAAGCUAGGAAUGAUCUAUGUAGGAGAACAUUGCUGUACCACUUGACUACUUAGCUAGCAUCGACCAUUGCUUGGCAAAGUUAUAGUUUGUUUAUAAUGGCUUCCGUCACAUUAAUUUUUUGACGGGGGUUGAGUAUGAUGUACUAUCAGAGUGGCAACAUGUGUAUUAAUCAA